AUGCAAUUAGCUUUUCUGGAUCUUGAAGCUGCUCUCGACUAUCCUCAUCGAGGCCGUCUUCUCAACGCGCUCCGCGCCGAUGGAGUACCAGGAAAGUUCGUUCGCUUGCUUGAUGACGUGAAUCAACGAACAAUUGCUGUAGUUAGAACACCAGCCAGAUGUGCAACACCGCUUGAGGUGGAAGUUGGAGUAAGACAAGGGAUAGUGGCAGGACCCUUCCUGUUUACCUUCGCCAUCGCACCAUCAGGACGCCCCUUGACCGAUCUCGAGUGCGUCGACGAUGUUGUUAUAUUCGCGAAAAGCAGUACGAAACAUCAACAUGUUGUCAACCUUGUAUCGAUGCUGGCUACACCCUGUGGGCUAUGUAUACGCCUUGAUAAGUGCAAACAGAUGUGGCUCUCUUCGAGACCUCGUACGGGGAUCCGGGUGGAUGGACAGUCGAUCAAACUCGUCGGUGAGUUCUGUUACCUGGACUGUAUGCUGAACAACAACGCCAGCUUCCACAACGGUUUACCGCCUCAUAGUGGCCUGAAGGUGACUCUGGGCAUCGAACUGCGAUGCACAGCGGAGGUUCGGCGACGACCUGAGGUGAAAGCUAAGCUCGCCGUGGCAUGGCUGCUUAGUUUGGGGAAAAGUCUUUUUGCCACUCCAGCAUAUCCACUGCCUCAGUACCCUGCACACUGGGCACUGCCGUCUCAGACGUCGGACGGUAUGGCGACCGGUGAGAGGCGAUCAAAUCUCAGGUUGUUCAGGACGUCAUUGAUUCUGGACCAAGACGACACACGCACGACUUGCCAUGGAGACUGUCUAAGACUGUGUACUUACAACGCGAGAACAGUGUCCACAGACGCUGACCUGCAUGCCCUUCUCGGAGCUGCAGAGCGUAUCAAAUUUCACGUGAUUGCUCUGCAGGAGACCAAGUGUAGAAGGAGCGACGUACGACAGAUGAAUGACGGUACACUCGUCAUUCGUGGAGUUAAGGUUCCGUCGCGAAAUGUAGGCGGUGUUGGUUUUGUUGUGCACCCAUCUGUCGUCCAUUUUUCGACUCUCACGAGAUCCGUCACCUCGUCUGGCCAUUCUUCGUCUCCGCUCUGCCCAAAAUCCUCCAACUGCUACUCACCAACAUCAGCAGCUGAUGGUUCCGAAUCGGAUGCGUUUUACGAGGAGCUGGAGGAAGUAAUCCGCAACGAGAAGUCCUUCUACAAAUUCGUUGUCGGAGACUUCAACGCAAAACUAGAAAAGACCACAGAAGAGGAAUACAGGAUUGGAAGAUUUGGACUAGGGGACCGGAACGAAAAUGGCAAUCGUCUCGCCGGGCUGUUGUCCGCCGCUCGCCUUUUUCAUGGAAACUCUCUUUUCGUGAAAAAAGAUCAUCGUCGGUGGACAUGGGAAUCGCACAAUGGCGCGACUCUGGUUCUGAUCACCGUCUCCUUCGUGCGAAAAUACGAGUUAGCCACACGAUGGAAGAGAACAUCUGCUAUCGGCAACGAAGGAAAAAGAAGUCGUCUACGACGAUUGUGUACUCGAGGACGCACGACAAACUUGGAGCGAAUUUCAAAGACCACCAAGGAAUUGUUGGAAAGAAGGGCUUUGAGGCUUGAUCCGAAUGCAUCGCACACUGAGCGGUUAUUAGAAAACACUAGCUGCAGAAAAACGUUGCAGGAGGAUCUUUUGAAAUACAAGCAGAAGAAAAUUCUGGAAGCAGCACAAAGAAGAACGAGUCUAAAGAAGUGCUGCAGGGAUCUCCGCGAAUAUAAUAUUCCGCUAGCAGCCUUGCUGAGCGAAGACGGGACUCGCAAUUCUUCUCGUCGUGAGAUGGAAAUCAUUGCGGAGAGGUUCUACUCGAACCUUUUCCGUUCAUCAACUCCUGUGUCAAGCCCGAUCAUCCCCACUGGUGAAGCUCCACCACGGAUUCUUCCUUCGGAAGUACGAGUCGCUAUCAAGAGCAUGAAACCUGGCACAGCCCUCGGACCUGAUUUUAUAUCAGCAGACUUUCGUCGGGCUGGUGGCCAUCCGCUUCAUGUAAUCUUAGCAGUGCACAUGACAUCCUAUCUUCAGAAGGAAAGGAUCCCAGACAAGUGGAAGAUCUCGCGAACCGUUCUUAUCCAUAAGAAAGGUGACCGAGAGGACCUUCGAAACCAUCCGAUAUACUUGCUGAGCGUGUUAUACAAAGUAUUCACCAAGAUCAUCCUCACGCGCAUAUCUAGGACGCUGAAUGAAGCCCAGCCUCAAGAGCAAGCUGGAUUCCGCUAG